GAGGCGCGGCUGGCACACGAGCGGCGCUCCAGCCUCGCGUCUCGCGUGAAGGCCGCGGAGCAAGAGGUCACGUCCGCGCUGUCGGCCCUGCAGCCGAUGAUCCAGGAGCACCACUCCGGCUGGCAGAGGCUGCUGGGGCAGCAGAAGACGCUGGACGCCAGCCAGCGUACUCUGGGCGCCAGGCUGGAGGAGGCGCAGCGGGCCACGCAGAUGGAGACCUCCACCCGGGAGGAGCUCAAGAGCCAGAUCACAGAGCUGGCUACGGGCCUCUACCGGCUGCAGCAGUUCUUGGAGCAGGUGGGCGAGCCGCCCGCCGCCGCGCCGCCACCCGCGGCCGCGGCCGCCGCGCCCGAC